AGCCAUGAUGGUUCUAAAGGCUCUGUUAUGUGCGCGCAGCUGAAGUCGUCUUCUGAACUUGCUGCACAUGGCCGUCAUCCACAUGAGUGGUGUUGGUCCUUCCAUGCCUGCCUGCUGCAUGCUGCAGCUGUUCGGUUUCGUCUGGCUGACCCGGAGACCCCCGCGGAAUCCGCAAGGCGGGUGAUGAAGUUCAGCGAGCCUGGCUUGUGCUACGCUGCGCCCAUGGGCAGAAUUUUCAGAAAGAACUAGAAUCAGAUCGGAGAAAACGUCGACCAUGGGAAGCGACUGGCCUCAGACAUGAAAGGUCGGCGGAUUUGCUGGCCUCGUCCGCGAUGCAAACACGUUCGUGAUAGAUAACUACUUCAUGCUGAGGCGACUGGGUCUGCACUUCAAAGACUACCAGUUCUUUGUGUUUGAGAGUGAUUCCAUCGACGACACCUACACUGUGAGCCUUCCUUCUCAAUGGGAUGCACGGUUUAACUUCCAGACCAAAAUCCUCAACAUGUCGGUUGAGCGGGGGUUAGAGAGGCACAGGAUGGAGCGGAGUGUCGUUCUUCGGAAUGCAUUUCGGGAUUUGAUCGAAGAUUUUGUCAGCACCCGACAUGGUUGGGACUUGGUCGUUAUGUAUGACUUCGAUAAUGCAAUCGCUCCGCGUGCCAUUCCACCUCAUGCGUUUUUCAAUGCGUGGGGUCGGCAGGAGACUCGUAAUGGAGCUUGGGACAUGCUUUGCCCUAAGCGGUCUGAGGCAUCCAUGCGGCAACACACAGUGCCAGGCUUACCACUACGACUGUUUUGCCUUCCGGGAUGAGCACUUCGACUCGUUCAAUGCGGCUCGCGAUGGUGGCGUGGCCGCGAACUCUUUUGCCCAGUACGAUUUGGACCCUGUGCACUCGUGCUUCGGGGGGCUGGCCGUGUACAAGACCCAGAAGCUCCUGGGCUGCCGCUACAGCGCGAGCGAGUACGACAGCGAGCACGUCGGACUCAACAGCUGCAUGCGCGGGCAGGGCAGCCACUGCCGCCUGUAUUUGGACCCGCUCCUGACGCUGAUCGCCGACCCGAUCACCCCGCUCAUAUGCCACCCCAACGCCGCGGUCCUCUGAGCAGCGCCGCGCACGCCCGGCUGCGCAGGCCGGUGGCGGAACCUGGGGAGG